CGCGCCCGGCGCCUGCGCGGUGCGGCGCGCGCGGGCGCAGGAAUGUGUGUUACAGUUAAAUAGUGGGCGCAGGGGCGGCCGCUGCGGCGGCUGCGAGGGGCGAGCCGGGCGGCAGGGGAGCCUCCAUGGCGCGGCGCGGCUCCCGGGGCGACGGCACGGCGCUGCUGUGACAGGAGCUCGGCAGCUGGGACCGGCCUUCCUCCUGCCCCACUCCUGAGCGGGGGGCCCGCGCCGGCGUCCCGGGGGCGCGGCGGCGCUCGGAGAGCGGAGCCGUGGCGGCAGCGGCGGCGGCCGGGGACAGCCGGCGUGUCACCGCCUCUAUGAUGAAAUUUAAGCCGAACCAGACGCGGACGUACGACCGGGAGGGCUACAAGAAGCGGGCGGCGUGUCUGUGCUUCCGCAGCGAGCGGGAGGACGAGGUGCUGUUGGUAAGCAGUAGCCGAUACCCAGAUCAGUGGAUUGUACCAGGUGGAGGAAUGGAACCAGAAGAAGAACCAGGGGGAGCAGCCGUCAGAGAGGUGUAUGAAGAGGCUGGAGUGAAGGGAAAGCUGGGCAGACUGCUUGGGAUAUUUGAGCAGAACCAGGAUCGGAAGCAUAGGACAUACGUUUAUGUUCUUACUGUGACGGAAAUACUGGAAGACUGGGAGGAUUCAGUUAAUAUAGGAAGGAAAAGAGAAUGGUUUAAAGUAGAAGAUGCCAUCAAGGUCCUUCAGUGUCACAAGCCUGUUCAUGCAGAAUACUUGGAAAAACUGAAACUGAGCUGUUCACCCACUAAUGGAAACUCUGUGGUUACCCCUCUUCCAGAUAAUAACUCCUUAUAUGUCACUUCUGCACAGACUUCUGGGUUGCCCUCUACUGUGAGAUAAACAUUUGGAUUACCUUUUCAUUCAUGUCAUCACAAAGGGAGACAUCUGUGAUCACAUGUAGGCAUCUGUAUAACUGUCAGUUCUAAGUGAAAUAUGUGAAUGUGUCAUAAUGUCAAAUUUAUUUGAACAUGGUUUUCCUCUUUAACAAUGUAAAAUAGUAUCUCAGCAAACCAAAGCCAUACAAGGAUUUAUUCUUUUUUUUUUUAAGAUGCCUUAAUAGGCCUUUUUCCUUUUUUUUUUUUUUUUUUUUUUUUAAAGAAACUUGAGUAUAUAAAUUUCCAUAUCUGCUAAAAUAAAAUGUGCAUCUCAGUGGUGUUCAGCUUAUUUAAGACUUGUCAGUUUUAGUCAGUAGUUCUAAGCAAGAGUACUUGCUUACAAAAAAGCUUGAGCAAAUAGUCGUAUGCUAAACUCUGAUUUGGUAUCCAUGGAUGAAGAGCUAAGAUCUUAAGGUGGCCGUAGUUGUGGAAAUGGGUGUGUUGGAGGCAGAGAUGCGUAAGGGAGACAAUAAAGCACUAAAUCACAUUGAGCCUGCUGAGAGCAAAGGAUACCGACACUAAGCACUGCUUGCCUCAGUUAUCCAAAAGGUUGCCUUGUCCUAUGCAAUCUUCAUGUAAUGUAUAACUAGAGCAAGAACAGUAACUUUGUCUUGCAACUACCAAAACUAUCCACUGCACUUCUGUUUCAUCACUUGGUCGGCUGAUGAACUGUCAGAAGGCUUAAAUGAGAAGCAUUGUAGAUCCCUCUUCCCCAUUUUUUUUCCUUUUAGCAUUUUGAUACACAUUUUGUUCAUGGUAUAAUGACACUGCAGGUUCCAGAAACUCCUAAUCUUCAGUGAGAAGCAUCUUACAUGGUGUUCCUGCAGUCGGUUGCCAUUUAAAAAUGAUUAGGGGGAAGUAAGACUUGCCCAAGGGACAUAACCCUUAUGUUACAGAGGUAAGGUUAAGGUCUGUUAGCAAGCGUGUGUGGAGGUGCCUUGCCCAAGCUAGCAGUGGUACCUCCUGGGCUUGGAGACAGGUGGGUUGAUAGACUAGUGCAGAAAUAAUAUUCCUUUGUCUUAAUUGGCAAAUGUGCUGAAAAUCCCAAAUUUGAGUCAGUUCUUAAAUACUUUUUACUGGUUUAACAUCACUUGCUUUAGCUUCUUGAAUUAAAAGCUGGCCUCUUGAUAGAAAAGUCAGUUGGCAUAAGUGAGGUACAGCUGAUAACUUAUUUUCCCCCCCUCUUCUUCAGCCAAAAAGAUGAAAAGUAAAUCCACUGUUGGUCUUAAUGUUUUUACCAUAGGAUUACUCUCUCUGUGUAUGUGUGUGUGUGUGGUUUCUUCUAUAAGAACACAAUCUAAUUCAUAUGAACAUCCUAACUCUGAAUUUUUCUAGGAUCUAAACCUAACUGUACCUCCUCUAUAGCCAGCCAAAACAGACGUUGAGGUAGACCAUUACCUCACAUGUGAACUUUAUUCUGGGUAAAACUCAUACUCUUACACAACAUUUGAACCUUUGUAAAUAGUCCAACUAGUAAAUAGUGAGUGUAAAAUGGAAAAUAAAUGUAAUUUAAACCUUUUGUUACUCAAUACACAAAUGGUUAACUUCUACUUUUUUAACACAAAUUGUGUAAAAUGCUGCUAUGAAUUUUUUUGUGCUGUUACACUUUUUUAGGAAAAAAAAAAAAUGUUGUUGCCACAAGUUACUCCUUAGAAAACCGAUCUUGUGCCAUAUGUAAAUGCAGUGAAACCAGGGAGACAGAUGAUCUGAUCUCUUGAUGCUGCUCUCUUUGAAGAGGCAUAAAUACUACUGACAAGAGGCAUAAGCCACAAAGCUGAAGCCCUCUGAAAUGUCACAUAAGGUGCUGCUUUCCAUCGCUGUAGCUCCUUUUCCAGGUCACUUCCAGCACUGGAGAGAACACACAGCUCUGUUCAGGUGCACCUCAGCGUGGAAGUAUUGCCAACAGCUUAUCCACCCUCUUGGCGGUGAGGUGGGGAAGGAGCGCUGACAUUUCAGUAGUGGACACAAGCACAUGUGUACCUUACACUGAACCUCAUCCAGACUGGGGCACCAUGUGCUCAGCUCACUUCUUUUAAAUGAAAUGGUUGAUCAAAGCAGUGUUUUGCCAGGUGAAACAGAAGAAGGUGGAGUUGAGCACAUUGAAGAACAUCUAAUUGUUGUUAAAAUCAUACCCCCAGUGUGUAAGGGUACCUCCGGCUCUGAAGCUGCCUUCAAAAGAGUGAAUCAUUUAGCUCCCGUUUUGAUCACUUUGCUCACUUUUUUGUUCAGUAGUCAUUUUAACACUUUAAAUUGAGCAAACUUGUACAGGCUUUCUUGUAACAAGAUUAUAUAGAAUCUGUGACAGCUAAAACAAGAAUCCAGAGUUUGAGUUCUUAUUUAAAAAAAAAAAAUGCUUCUGUCUCCAUUUCAGAUUCUUGGAAUGAAACCAGUCCAAGCUUGUAUGAGAUUUAGCGGUAAUGCAUGAUCUUAUUUUGUAACUCUUGAAUUAUGUAUUUGAUAAUAAUGUAAAAAUGUACAGUAUUGCUGUUGCUAACAAACUCAGAGUUGAUUGCCUAUAAAUAUUUUGGUUAUUUUUUGGUCACACACAUUUGGGCUGUUCAAUAGUGCCAGACAUCUUUCUUUUUUAACAGCAUUUGUUGUAUAAAUCUCUUCAGUCUCUAUGCAACCUUCAGAAUGAAGCUCUAUUGCUUAGUUUGACUUCUACUCCCUUUCAAAGAGAAAUGUUGUGUGAAUUGAAAAGGUAAAUUGAAAACACUUCAGUCAUGCUACAGGGAACAACUGUAGUAACCUGGCAGCGGUACAGCUUCAGCCCUAAUCAACGUCAACCAAAAGGGUCUGUAGAAACCAGCAGAGGAAGUCUAAAGUUAUUUCUACUGCCUACUAGUUUAACUGUAGCAACAUUUUGGUUUUACGUGCAUCUCUCUUCAGAUGGGCCAAACCUAUUUCAUACAGAGCAGAUUUGGGAUUUUUCUCAUGCCAGAAAUCAUGUACAAUGGGUUCAGAUUUGGUUCUCCCCAAGAGAAAGGGAAGAGAUGGGUCAUCAGCUGCAGUUCUCAAGAAGCCUGGUCUGUACUGCUCCUUUUCCUGAUGUGAGGUUUCGAGAUUAUCAGGAGUUAGAUUAUAGUGGUAUCAAACAGAAAGAGCCUUAAAGUUUAACAUUGUGUGGUGGUUUUAACCACCGCAGGAGAUGCUGAGGAAUUGCAGAGAGGCUGUUAAAGUGCAAAACCUUACUUUGGUGCUUACUGCACCCCUGACUUAGGCUAGCGUUGGUCUGUUAACAGUGUGCUGUGAAAAAACCCUGAGAAGACACCACUUGUUUUACCUACCACCAUGGUUUGUGAAGUGAGAAGGGAAGGGGUGGGGGGAGGGGGGGGACAAACUGAGUUGUAAACAUUUUGACCUGCUUGCAUGGAUUUUCUUUAAAGAUUGAUGUAAGAAUUUUGACUUUUUAUAUUUGAGAAAUACCAGAAUAAAAUCUAAAUUAGUCCUGUG